GGAAUGUGAGUGUCUUGACUUGAAAAAAUAUGAGUUUCCCCCUGCUUCCACUCUUUAUGCUAGGUGAGGAUAAAUAGACAAAACAUCUUUUCAGCUGACAACAAGCAUCACAAAAAAACAUCAGACUCUUCCUUUUAAUAGCCAGGCUAUAUCUUGUGCUUGAUUAAACAAGGGUCAGGUGGGAAAGCCAAUUAAUAUAAACUGCUGCAAAUACAGAAAAAAAGUGUGAUUUUGAAACAGACAGUAAUAUUAUCUAUGUUGUUAUGUGUUUAUGGAUAGCAGCGGGCCACUAAGCUCUUCCAGCCAGACUGCUUGAGCUGCUCCCCACAGAGGAAGGAGAGAGCCCCAUACCUGAUGACCCCAUGCCGGGAAAAGAGCUCCAGUUUGAGCCCUAAAGCAAGCCAGCUGUCUUGCAGCCCCACUUACAAUCUGACCCUCUGCUGCCCCAAUAACCACCGGCAUCUGGAUGCUCAGAGCCAGCUGCCUAGCAUAGUUUCCUCCUCUCACCUGGCUCAGCAGAUCAUCGGCUCCCUACACAGCAGAGGGCCUGUUGGAUGGAGCAUCAGCAGCCCCCGAACACCCAACAAAUACACAGGUACACUCUUUAUUUAACAACGUCAUGCAUCAUUGUUCAUUUAAUGUACUUACUGUAGUCUCCCUGUAUCAUGGAUGCUGAAUAUUUGUGACACAUUGUGGGUCACUGUGGACUUUUUUGUAAAAACUGAGGCUUCUUUUUUUUCUGUGUGGGAAAAACUUCCACAUAUUGUGGAAAAGAAUAUGGUCAGGGAUACUGACAUUAUAUCAAAAUUUAGAAAAGUAGCUAGUGUAUCUUCAAAUAUCUUUAGACCUGAUUCAUUAAUAUACUGCCUGACAUUCCAACAUUUUUAUCAAAAAUACUUCUCUGAGCACUGUAUGCCUCUGAAUAUUGUUUUCCUCAUCAGGACCCAUGCUUGCAGCAGACUAUAGAUAUCCUGAUGAGAUCCACCAUGAUUGCUCCAGCAGCACAAACCAACAUUCUACCAGCAAGGAAGAACCCUACAGGCAUUACACACUCACCCACAACGAGGUGUCUGAUGUUUGUCCAAAUACCCGUCCUCAUGCCAUCAAAGACAGUAAGCCUUUCAGCCAGGAUGUCCUGCAUAAUGCUAGAGAUGUUGAGGGACUUCAAGGUGACAGAGCCCUGGCCUGUCCUUUGCUUAGUGGCCUGGUACUGGGUAAAGGUGAGCAGGUUGGCUCGCUGCAUGGUAUGGACCAGUCUCUCCCAGUGCAGAUGGUGCUGGAGCAGAGGAGGAGGGUGUGUAUGAUGGAGGCUCCCUACAGCCACACAGCUGCAGCAUAUUCACAACCUGUUGAUGGUAACCAGCAGCCUGAAUCCGCCACUGAGCUACAGCCCAGGUCUGCUGAGGAGGACAGGAAAAUGUUGAUAGGUACGGGAGUUGGCGUGGGACUUCCCCAAGCUCCAUAUAUGUCUUUGAACUUUCAUCAAGUCUUGGGCAAACACAGUUCCGUUAAACGCCCCCCUUUUACUAGACUGAGCCAUAUAACAGAAAGCCACAUUUACCAUGGUAAAGACAUGGCCUCUUACAGCUUUAUCAGCCAGAGCCCUAGCUCCAGUUCAUCCCCUGAGAGCCACAGAGAGAUCCCACAUUAUAUUGGCACAUCAGUCAUUAUCACAAAUGAGAGGUGACCCAGGACAUCUCUCAGGAUGUCCAGCUAGGGUCAUUUCUCUUUGAUACAUCUAAUUUGCACUCCUGCAGGAUAUUUAACA